GGCGGUAGGUUGCCGUCGCCAGAUAGCCGCCAGCUCUGAUCGUAUCGUAAGGGCCAGCAGUUAUCUACCUUGGAGGUAUUCUCUACCUUGGAUUUUGCCCCCUCGACAUAAUCAACGGCGAGCAGGGCAGCAGUUAUCGCACUCCUUUGCACUCGUGCUUCCCCCUCACCUUCUGCUUCUACCUAUGCUCGGCUCUCUACUUGUGCUCUGUUCUCUACAUGUGUUCGUUUGCACUGCUUCGCAGGCUGCUCAGGAAGAGAGGAUGGAAUUGGGCGAGCUUACGCAAUGAUUCGCGGGGAUGAUUUUGACGCCGAACGAUGUUUCUAUCCUUGUUUGAUCGAUCUGGAUAACGGAAUUGAGGGCUGCUUUCCACAAUGUGCGAAAUUUGAGACACAAGGUGAGACGCGGAAAUGCUAUUUGGAAAAUUCACUACUAACCAAGGAAGAAGAGCGCGCGCUUCAGCUGGCAAGCGAGAGGAAAAGGGUUGAUGGGUGGGGGGGAAUUGACGAGUGAGAGCAAGAGAGGGUUUGGCAAGUGGGGAGGAGAGAGGAGAGGAUAAGUACACACAAGUACUCGUCACUUGUGCGUAGGACGGCAAAACGGAGAACAUUAAAGAACAGCAGCUGGAGUGGCGGGGUGGUAAAGCCCAGGCUGGAGAGAAUGAUGGAAGGGGGGGGAGCAAAGGUAUAAUGUGCAAGACGACGCUGCCGGCGAUGGCUGCGCGGUGCCGCGGUGUGAAAGUAGGGGGUCAUGGUGUGGGAACGGCAGUCUCUGGCGGAGGGGGAGGUGGGGAUGGGGUUGGCGGGAGUGGGCCUGCUGGGGUGGGAGGAGGAGGGAAAGGGAGCGGGAGGGGGGGCGGCAGAGGAACUGUCGGAGGGCGGGGACGAGGAGGCGGAGGAGGAGGAGGAUCAAGUCCGCCGGCGGUGGAUAGUGAAGAGGGGAGAACGAAGGCGAUACCUCUGGGAUCGGUAGGUGGUCGAUGUGAUGGCGGGGGAGAGAAUGACAGCAGUCAACCUCGAUUGCCUACGCAGGAUGAGGCAGAAGCCAGCUUAAGGGUGUAUUGUAAGCCUGUGGAGUUGUAUAACUUGAUUCAGACGCGCUGCGAGAAGAAUCCAAUGUUUCUUCAAAGGACCUUGAGUUACAAGCGGGAGGUGAAAGACAGACGGUCUUUCCCUGCGAAAGUCACUGUGAAUGUGAUCUCUUGCAUUGCUCGACCCAGAGUGGAGGAGGAUAGGAGUUGUGUAAAUGGGGGUGCUGUUCGAGGUGCGACGUCAUCUGGGAGUAAUGUGCUGCUAAGAAGCACGUGUCCAAAUGGGCCAGUGUCAUCUGAUGGUGGUAAUUGGCGAAGGGGAAACGUUGCCAUGCCUGUGGGAAAUUCACAAGGGCAAGGGAGAGCUGGUGGAGGAUCUUCGGCUGCUUGCUUGCCGGAGAAUGGUGGUUCUGUAGUCCGCGAAGGGCAUCCUAUGAUGCCCAUGUUCAUUGUCCUUGCACGGUGCCACAACAGGAAUGGUUCGAGCACUCUGGUUUGUCCUCUGGGAGAGAAGAUGGUAAAAGUGCCCAUCAAGAAGGGACGGGCAGCAAUGGCAUCAAGCUGCCCUCCCAUGUCUGUUAUGGCUUCCAAGCAGGCACGGGAAGGAGAAACAUCUGCUGAGAUUGCUUCAUCUGCAUCUUUUCUUUUGUCAAGUCAUAACCGUCCAACUGGAAUGAGCAGAUUGCACUGUAAGAGCUGUUUGGAAGGUCCUAAGCUUUUGCUUGUUCUUUGGGAGGACAUGUCAGAUGUAAGAUCCCUUGGCCGGCUCUGGACAAAUCCAGCGGAUUUGAGCAUUGUGCCUCCUUCGGGUCGAGUUUUAUGGGUCCAACUCUCACUGCUGACGAGUGGCUACCCCAGCGCACAAUUUAGAACCGAAGAUGGCACGGAAAUGAGCAAUGGGAGUACACUUCGUGAUGGACGUUUCAUUACAUCUCCUCUUCACAGUGGCAAAAUUUGGACAGAGCCGGAGCCUGGUGGUGGAAGCUCUCUAUUUUUCAUUGACCGGAGAGAAGAUGUGUCGCAUAUGGAGGUGGAAGUAACAUUGAACUUAAGAAUAGAGCCUUCUGAGGUACGAGCAACAACGAAUUCUGCAUCAUUGACUGAGGCAGGGCAAGAUGCACAUGGUUCAGUGAAUGGCUCUGAGUCUGAGCUGAGGAAUUCUGGCAACGUCACCCCAUCACAUAUUUGCCAAAGGAACGGCAUUUCAGUCCGGCUACAACAAAGAUCUUGUGGCGACAAGGUCACAUUCCGAUACUGGUAUUACAAUAAUACGAUGUACAAAACUGAAGUUACACAGCAUUUCUCCUGCCCCUUUUGCCUUGCCUUGUGUGGUAGCUUCGAGGGACUUUAUCAUCAUCUUCAGGCUUCACAUGACUUGUUCAGAUUUGUAUGCAUGUCUGAUGAUCGGCUCGUGCAUGUUGCAUGCCGGAAGGAUUGCUAUGGUGUGGAGGGGGAGAUUGAAGAUUGGGAGACGGCUGGAGACCCCAGGAAAAAGGAGUUUGUCCAUUGGAGUUCAUCAUCACGAGGCAAAAGAAGGGUUGCAGCUGACCUAAGCAAUGUCAGUCAACAAAGAGGUGGAAAUAUAGAUCUUACUCGUGCAGACAAGUGUGAAAUGGAGGGUAUGGCCAACUCAGUCUUGCUGUCCGAGAAGGAUGCUGAUCAAAUGUCAAGGGAUGUUUCAACCACCUGUACAGGCUCUGCGGACGUGAUGCAUGUGCAUGCCCCGAUAAACUAUCUGGCUACAAAGAACUCACAUUUACCAGGCGAAGGCGUGGAAGAAAGUGUUGUGGAAGUUGUUGAGAAUCAUAAAAAGACAGCAGUGGAUGGUGUGCAGUCAAUGACGAAAGGCAGCAAGGAGAGUAGGCAGAAGAGUGAGGGGAAGGUUGGUAGGCCGAGCAGCCUGGGCACGACUGACGCAGAACAACCAACUAUGGGAAAUGAGAAUGCAGGACAGGUUGUACUUGCGCAAGAACAGAAGGGAAAUGAAGAAAAGGAACCAAGGGUGUCGAAUUUGAUUUAUAUGGAUGAUGGGAAGAAAACUACCAAAGCGAGGAAGAGGAAGAGGGAGGCAGAUGCUGAUAACGAUAAACUCAGAAGGACAAAGGAGAAGACAGCUGUGGACCAACAAAUGGACUUGUUGACAGAUGCAGACAGGAAGGAAGGUGAAAGAGUGGAUUCUGUUUGUAAUGAUGGGAAAUCCAAGUCGGCAUUUAAUCAGGAGAUUUCUUCAGAGGUUGAAAUGAUCCAGGUUCAGAUGCAGGAGCAGGACAAGGGGAGCCAUAUCAAUAUGGAAGAGAGGCAGCGAGAUGGGGUGGCUCGAGGAAGAAAUGAGAGGCAGAUGCAAGAGGGAGACGAGGACGGAACAACCAUUGGAGGGAAGGCAACGUUGGCUGGAGGAAGGAAUGAAAGGCAGGCACAUGGAGGAGAUGAGGACAGAACGAACGUUGGAGGGAAAACAAAGAAGCCAAAGCAGUCUAGGGUCAAAUCUAGGCAAAUCAAGGAGACGUCUGGGGACGCAGUGAGAGAAGAUGAAGAUAUAGAGCGAGAUGCAAGUCCAAAUGGACGAGAGCGAGAAUUAACAAAUGCAAGAGCAGGAAGGCUGCGAGAGGGUUCUGAGACUGAUGGUGGAAAUCCUGGUGAGACAGCAGAGUUUGCGAGAAAAGAGAAGAGCAAGGAGAUGGCAGUGCAGAGGAAGAGUAGGGCAGUCAGUGGCGUGCAGAGGAGAAAUAAUCGGGGAUUUGGAAGGAUGCGACCUAACAGCGAAGUUUCUGAUCGAGGAGUACUGGAUGGAAAUGCCCGAGAAACUUCUGAAUCUGCCACGCCUGCAUUGACAGAAAAAACAAGGGAGUGGAAUGACCUGGGUAUGCCCGAAAAUUUUAUUAUGCCAGAUCAGCUUCCAGAGCUGAAGCAGGGUGAUAGAUUGGCCCAAGAAGCAGGUAAGUUGGGGCUGAACGUGGAGAGAACCGUAGAUGGGGCGAAGGAUAUGGCGGAGGCUGAUAUUGCUGCAGCAAGCAGCAAUGCAGCAACCGCAGCAGCAGUAGGCAAGAGGGCAAAGUCACAGUCACCGUCAAAGGGUCAGAGAGUGGUUGUGGAUGGUAAUGCUGACAAAGGAGGGCAGUGGAGGAAGUUGAAGUCGCCGAGAAAGGGCUCUAAGCAGGAUGUUUAUGUGGAUGGUGGAGCAUCCAACAAGGAGGGGGAGAAGGCAGCCGGAGUGGACGAAAGUGCUGAGCAAAGCCCUGACGAUAGCUCAUUGGCAAUGCCACAGCAGACUGCAGAUCAUGAUUCAGCAAAAGAAAAUGGGAAGCUCGAAACAGAGGUCGACAUUGCUAGCGAGAGGGGAAAGUGUGUGCCCAAGGCAAACCCCAGCGAGGGGAUUGUGAAGUACCGGAAGAAGCAUAAUGCUGCCGAUGUUCGCAAAUCAAAUGAUGCCUCUGUUGAUAAAUGUAAAGGAAAUCUGGUUCUCGCCUUGAAAGGAAACUUCUUGUCAACCAAGGAUACAGAAUACAAGUCAAAGGAGAAGGAAAAUAGGAAGAAAACUUUUUGUCCAAAGCCACCCGAAAAGGGUGAAAGACAUAAAGAGAGUGUGAGAGGGCAGAAGCGGUUGUUUGCUCUAGACUCAGAUGCAGGGGCAAGUGAGGCUGCAAGAUUGAAACGAUCACGAGGCAGUGUGGAAGAUGCAUCUAGGUCCAGAUUAACAGCUUCUGAGGUAGCAGAAGGCGCUGAAACGGAGAAAGAAAGUCCUCCUGUAAUGGGAGAGACGUUGAGUAAACAGGGCGACAGAAGCAAGGCAAGUGGUGUAGAGCGCACGAAUGUUGUUGCCAACGGGGAUAUGCGGCGGGGCGAAACUUCAGAGGUUGGAGAAUCUCCGAGAGAGGCUGCAACGGGAGACAAGGGGGAAAGUGGCCAGGAGAAAGCAACUGUAGAUCGAGGGAAGCCAGCAGAGCUAUCCGCAGGAAGGCCUUGGGAGGAGGUGCCAAGUAUUUGCAGGGAAGAAGGUGCCGGGACGAGCAUAAGGAAUGGAAAUGAAAACGAGUCUGGCGAGUUAACAAGUCUGCAAUCCCCCAUGGGUGGUGGAGUAAGGGCAGCCGAAGUAGAAAAAGGGAUACAAUCCCUCUCUAGAGCAAGGGAAGGGGUAGGAUUGACAGCAGAGGAGUCCAGGAUCAAAGGCGUAAUGACAGAUUCUCAUACUGGAGAUGACGCACAGUGGAGGAGUUGUAUGCCUCAGGAACAUGAUGUCGAAAGGACUGUGACAGAAAAUGGUGCAGUGGGGGCUUGCCAGAGAACGGAAAGUGUGACAGAAGCGCAAAUGAAGGGGGCAGACGGUGAAGUAGGGACAGAAAGGGUAGGAGAUGUAGAUACUGUAAAGAAAGACUGUGUAAGAUUAGCUCAGAGUCAGCGAUCAGGCCUGGGCUUGAUAACGCCAGCAAAAGUGAGAGCACCAGGAAAGCUGGAAAAGAGAAAAUUAAAAGCAAAGGGAAAAUCAAAACAGCAGCCCACUCAUCCUGUUGUCAGGGAAGCCUGUAUUGCGAGUGCAACACCAGAAAAGUGCAUCCCAUCCCAGCCCAUUGCCGGUGGACAUGCAGCUGCGCCAGAAAAGCACAAGCACCGGUCCAAGUCUGCAGAAACAGUGGAUUCUCAAAGUCGCCAGCUUCUUCUCAAGCGACAGUUUUAUCACUCCCACACAGCUCAGCCAAUGACAGAAGAGCGAUUGUUCGCCAAUGUUGACAGUGAAGAUGAAGUCGACGAGGAGAUUGCCGACUUGGAGGACAGAAGGCUUUUGGAUGAGUUUGUGGAUGUCUCGAAGGAUGAGAAGGAGCUCAUGCAUAUGUGGAAUGGGUUUGUGAGACGCCAAAAGGUGAAAGCAGAUGGACACUGCAUUUGGGCAGUGGAGGCAUUUUCUAAUCAUCAUGCUGCAAAGCUUUCUCAGAGGAAGGCUCUUCGUCGGUGUUUUAUGUUCUUUCUGGUCAAAUUAUGGAAUUUCUGCCUCGUUGAUGGCUUUGUCAUCGAUAAGUGCUUCCGUAUCAUAGACUCCUAUGUACCAGAAGCCAACCCUGAUGGGAGGCCCUUUGCUACUGAAACUGAGGAGACGUCUGUUGAGCCAAUUGUUGCAGCACAAACUCGGACAAAGAUGGGUACUGCUGCUGCUGCCGAUGAACACAAGGACAGGAGGAGGUAGUGUCUCCGCGAUGAAGAGAUUGAGUAUUACACCUGCCUGUAACACUAGGGGGGCUGUCCAGUGCCAUGUUCUUCAAGAUUUGGCUGUACUGUGUCCUUUUGCGAAGAGCAGUCUAUUUCGUCACACACAUUGGUGAGCUGCAAUCCUACAGACUACAACCCCUGGGCAGUUGAUUAGACUAGUUUAUCUUCCCUUGAAUGAAGCUUUAGGCACUCGGUGCAACUCUUAACCAUCGAGGAGGUGGCACUAGCAAGCGGCGGGCUGCGCAGGUGGUUAAGCAGGCUGGCAGGCUGGAGAGCAGGCAGAGGGGGAGGGAUAGAUAGAAGAAGUAGCGUGGAGGGAGGGAAGACGGGUGAAUACAGGCAUAAUGCCAUGUGUAUUCAAAUUAACGGAAAGGCGAGUGCGAGAUGGAGUUGCGGCGAUGUAUGUUGAAUUGGGACUUGAGCAGGUUCAAUUGGAGGUUUGUUAGGACACCCGUUGAUUCUUUUUCUUUUUUUCUUUUUGCCGUCUCUUAAACGAGGAGUAAUGAACACAAGCUUGUGAUUUGUUUGCUCCUCCGAUUUUUCUUUCUCACUGUUAACUAUGUUCCUGCCCUUGCUUCGGAAGUGUCGGCGGUUCCUUACAGGGGCUGCUAUGAGAAAAAAAAAAAAAAAAAAUGUCGAAAAGAAUCGCAUGGAAUCAGACGUCCGUCAAAUGUUGGGCCUGAUGACUUUCUCUUGAUAUUUCAAAGGGAUCUCAUUGGAUCGAAUUGUAUAUUCAAAAGAACAAAUGUUCCUCAUUGUACUCCGUCCCGUCCGCCUGUUCUGGUCGACUCAAUACAUAUGCUCUCUAGAUGGGUCAAAUCAGAGCCUAUCCUCUGCUUCACUCUCCGGUGGAGGGGGGAAUCUGUGAUUAUCUCCCAGAACCUACACGAGCACAAAAUGAAUCAUGACAAGACAAGGGGAAAGUUGGAAAACAAAAUAAACCACGUCGA